AUGUCGCUAAAACGUAAGUGUGAUUUUGAUCAAUUUGAUUCAUCUUCAUCAACAGCAUCAUUGUGUACCGGAGAUGGAUCAACAACAGCAUCAUCUAUAACAACAAAAUAUAUUAAAACUGAACCACUUCUUCAUCGAGUAUCAUCAAAUAAUAUUUUCUAUAACCAUAAUUCGCCAUCCAAUGAUCAUAAUGAUCAUGUCAAUAUCAGUAAUAGUUCACCUGUAUCAAAUACCCAAGAAUCACAUGGUGAUCAUAUUGAAUCAAAUAUUCAAAAUAACGAAACAAGCCUACCCACAUCACCAACAAACAAUAAUAAUAAUAAUAAUAAUGAUAAUAUUAAAAUUAGUGAACAAUAUUCAACUAGUAUAAUACCUUCAAAUGAAUCUCAUUCAGAAAUAAAAGAAACACCAUCUGAUUUAAACCAACCACAACGAAAACGUCGUAAAAAUAUUCCAUCAUCAAAAAUAUCUCGACCAGCAACAUCAUCAUCAUCAUCAUCAACAAUAAUAUUAAAUAAUAAUAUAAAACUUGAAAAAAAUAUUCCACAAUUACCUACAAAUCCAAUCAAAACAAUAUCAACAACAAAAACAAAUGCAACAAUGAUAUUUAAUUUAAUACGUUCAUUAUUAGAAGAAAAACAAUUUGAUAAUAAUGAUGAAAAUUUAAUAUCAACUAUUGAUUGUCUUAUUAAUAGUUUACAACAUUUACGUGAAAGAAUAAACACAAAUGAAACGAAUACUAAUAUUCAUAAUAAUAAUAAUAAUAAUAAUAAUAAUAAUGAGAAAAAUUCUUCAUUAAGAAAUAUUCAUAACGAUGAUACAAGUCCGUUAAAUUUAUCAAAACCCAAAAUAAGACAUCAAACACGUUUAGCAUCAACAAAUAGUGAUGAUAUGAGUCCAAGUACAACAACAGUCAGUUCACCAUCACCAUCAAAUCCAACUCUAUCAUUAGCAUCAACACUUUUUCCUUCACAAGCACUUUUUUAUGAGAAACCUUUUUUUCCUCCAUUUUCAGUUCCUAAUAUGACUCAAAUACAAAAUUACUUGAAAUUAUCAGUUGGAUCAGUACUUAAUGAUCCAAUAAAUAUGAAAAAUGGUGAAAAUGGUUCUUCGCGAUGUUCAUUACCACCUCCAUUUGUUGCUGGUCUAAAUAUGUGUACUUUUCCACCGACAUCCAAUCAUCUUUCACAUCAUACAAAUUUACCAACAUCAUCACACGAAACAGUAAAUAUGAAUAAUAAUAAUAGCCAUCAUAAUAACAACAACAGUCAUCAUUAUCGCGAUUUGUCUGCUGACAAAGAUUCGUCAUUAGCUCGUCACAUAUCAACAAAUCGAAAAGAACGAAAUCAUCAUCAUCAUCAUCAUUCAUCAUUAAAUAGUUUAUCAAUAUUAACAAAUACGAAUGGAAAUAAUGAAUCAAAUUCAACAGGUACAACAUCUUCAUCAUCAGCAUCAUCUAAUGAUCAUAUUAAACGACCAAUGAAUGCAUUUAUGGUUUGGGCUCGUGAAGAAAGACGAAAAAUUUUAAAAGCAUGUCCGGAUAUGCAUAAUUCAAGUAUAAGUAAAAUCUUAGGUGCUCGAUGGAAAGCAAUGAGUAAUGAAGAAAAACAACCAUAUUAUGAAGAACAAUCACGUUUAAGUAAAGUUCAUAUGGAAAAAUAUCCUGAUUAUCGAUAUAGACCACGACCGAAACGGACAUGUGUCAUCGACGGUAAGAAAAUGCGUUGGUCAGAAUAUAAACAAAUGCUAAAAAACCGAAAACAUAGUCCAUUUGAUGAUCAAUCAUCACCUGAUGGAAAUCAUUAUCUAAGUAUAAAAGAAGAUGAUGAUGAUGAUGUUGUUGAUGAUGAUGAAUGUAGUACAGAUGGUAGUGACAAUUCUCAAAAGGCGCUUAUUUUUGCUGAUUAA